AUGCAAGAAGAAAAUGUUGACGCAAACAAUAGCGAGAAUCAUGACAACUAUAGUGAGCAGGAGAUCUCGUCGUCGUCGUCGUCUGUCAUGUCUCAUCUUCCACUUUCUAGAGCUACUUCAGUUGUAACUCUUCUGUCUCCUACUGCUACAACACUCAAUAAUCAAGAAGUAGUUACGUUUCAAGCUAUAGCAAUUCCCGAGGAGAAUGACAAUGAAGUACAAAUAUUAACCGAUGCAGAGGCUGCAGCUGAAGUAGCAGCAGCAGCAUCAGCAGGUCAUAAAUUAAUUGAUACGCUCAUGAUUCGUAAACGUAAGCGUAUGGAAGUGACAACAAAGCCAGAGCCGACGGAAUGUUCCAUCUGUUGUGAAGGAUGCACUAUCGUAGGUCGUCAUCGUCUUGUAGCGCUCAAAUGUGGCCAUUUAUUUGGUAAAAAAUGCAUUCAACGCUGGAUAAAAGAGAGACAAAAGUGUCCAAAUUGUAACACUGUAGUACAAUGCACGGAUAUGUGUCUAUUGUUCUCAGAUCACGUCGCAGUGGUGGACAAUUCUGGCCUUGAAAAUAUGAGGAUAAAGUAUCAGGAGGAGAAAUUAAAGAGCAUUCGACUGGAAAAAGAGAUUGAGACUGUAAAGAGACACUUGGAGGUCAAGACAAAUGAAGCUUUAUUGCUGAAUAUGGAGCUGGAUAAAUUGAAGAACGACUUUGCACACAGGCAGUGUAUGGCGGAACAAAGGAAGCUUGCUGAUGCUACAAAAGCUGUUAGUCCUGCAUCUGUUGCUUGGGGUUGUAGCAGUUUCUUGCCUACCACGUCACCGAGACAAUCUGCAAUGCAAGUUACGCCGUUUCAUGUUGAUUCACAAGACGCAGCACUUUGUCUUGCAAAUGAGUUGCAACCGCCUGGAUUUUCUAUCUCGCAGCCGCUUGCAGAGGAUGCAGUUGCUGCUGGUGAACACAAAUACAAACCAAUCUUUGACAUUCCUUUGUCAAGUGCGCGUGUGUUCAGCAUCGCUCGGUCGUGUUCGUUUCUAUGUGUUGGUGAGAAGCUCGGUCAUGAUUCGCAUGGUGUAAUGACAGUCGAUGCGCAAGAUCCAAGACACAGACUGCAAGUACCAGUGCACAGCUCUGCCAUUCGCGAUAUUUGUAUUCACUCAAUGAUGGGCGAUGUUCUUACGGUAGCCUUUGAUGGCAAGCUAGCUGUGACUAACUUUUGCCAAAAGAAAGUGAUAUUGGAGGUGGAAUGUCCUGUAGGCAGACGGCAUGGUUGGUCAUGCUGCUUUAGCGAAUCAGACCCCAAUGCAAUGUAUUGCGGAUUUCAAGAUGGUACUGUAGCGAAAUAUGACAUGCGAAAGCCAGCAGCAGGCGAGAGCGGCAUCGUAAAGACCUUUACGCUCCCGGAACGGCAACCGGUGCAUUCAAUCAAGUUAUUCAAUAGCCAUGAAGAAGGACGUAGCACCGAGGGCUUAGCAGCAGCUACAUUUCGUGGACUGUCAGUUUGGAGAGAUGUUGCCGAUGUGUUGAGCGAAGCUGACCGAUCGGUCGACAAUCGAGAUACACGGCUUGAUCACGUUUCGAGUAAUCAAGCGUGUUUUUCACUUGCGUCGAACCAGCUGCACUCGGAGCAAGCCGUGGUUUCAUCGCGAUCGAUACCGUUGACACACAGCGUGUUUGACUUGCGUGCAGUAAGAGAUGGACAGCUUGUGCCAAAAGUGGAGCUUACUGGUCAUAUGACAGCCUCUGUGUUGUCUCGAUCGGCAAUAUGGUCUGAACGAAAUGGUUCCUCGGUGGUAGCUUCGUGGUCUCAUGAUGUUGAGUGCGUCACGCUGUGGGACGUUACUACUCAUCGUGAGGUAUGUGGUCCAGAGCCCAUACCUUUGAGUGUAGCCAGUGCCCAUGCUUUACCAGUGGUGGAUAUUCAACACACUGUGGCUAACAAUGAUUGGAGCUCUGGCAUUGCUCUUCUUGGGACAAUAACUCCUCGACAGCUGUGCGUAUAUCGGUCAGACGGUUGA